UAAAUUAUUUGAGUCCAGCUUCAAAUGCGCGUCUCUUCCUUCUUCAUCUCCUUUUAUUAUUUUUCUUUUUCUUUUUUUUUUCUUUUUCUAUUUUGUUUUCUCUCCAAUUAUUAGGGUUUCAUUUCAGCUCCUAAUCCUUCUUCCCCGAUUCUCCGAUCAGUGAAAGAAAUAUUACAGCCAAUGGAAGUUACACAGGUGCUUUUGAAUGCACAAUCAAUAGAUGGAGCUGUGCGAAAGAAUGCUGAAGAAAGUUUGAAACACUUUCAGGAGCAGAACCUUACAGUUUUCUUGCUGUUACUUUCUGGGGAGUUGGUAAGUGAGGAAAAGCCUGUGGAAACACGUAAGCUAGCAGGUUUGAUACUUAAGAAUGCAUUGGAUGCGAAGGAUCAGCAGAGGAAGGUUGAGCUUGUUCAAAGAUGGCUGUCGUUGGAUGGUAAUGCCAAGAGCCAGAUUAAGGCAGGCUUAUUAAAGACUCUGUCUUCCCCAGUAUCUGAUGCUCGGUCAACUGCAUCUCAAGUUAUUGCCAAGGUUGCUGGCAUUGAGUUGCCACAUAAACAGUGGCCUGAGUUGGUGGGUUCACUUUUAUCAAAUGUUCAUCAGCUACCAGCUCAUGCUAAGCAAGCCACAUUGGAGACUCUUGGCUAUUUGUGUGAGGAGGUGUCUCCUGAUGUUAUCGAUCAGGAUCAGGUAAAUAAAAUACUUACGGCUGUAGUUCAAGGCAUGAGUGCUUCUGAAGGAAACACUGAUGUAAGGCUUGCUGCUACAAGAGCACUUUACAAUGCUCUAGGAUUUGCUCAGGCUAAUUUCAGCAAUGACAUGGAGCGUGAUUACCUCAUGAGAGUUGUCUGUGAAGCAACCUUGUCUCCAGAAGUGAGAAUAAGGCAAGCAGCUUUUGAAUGUUUGGUCUCUAUUUCAUCAACUUAUUAUGAGAAACUAGCUCCUUACAUCCAGGAUAUUUUUAACAUUACGGCAAAGGCUGUGAGAGAAGAUGAGGAACCUGUGGCCCUUCAAGCCAUUGAGUUUUGGAGUUCUAUUUGUGAUGAGGAGAUAGAUAUUUUGGAAGAAUAUGGAGGUGAUUUUACUGGAGACUCUGAUAUUCCUUGCUUUUACUUUAUCAAGCAAGCAAUCCCUGCUCUUGUUCCUAUGUUGUUGGAGACACUCUUGAAGCAGGAGGAGGAUCAGGAUCAAGAUGAAGGGGCUUGGAAUAUUGCAAUGGCUGGGGGAACUUGUCUUGGUUUGGUUGCACGUACUGUAGGAGACGAUAUUGUUCCACUUGUUGUGCCAUUUAUUGAAGAGAAUGUAACAAAACCAGAUUGGAGGCAGAGAGAGGCGGCAACUUACGCUUUUGGUUCAAUCUUGGAGGGUCCUUCCCCUGCAAAGUUAAUACCUCUAGUGAAUGUUGCCUUAAACUUCAUGUUAAGUGCUUUGACAAAGGACCCCAAUAGCCACGUUAAAGACACUACUGCCUGGACCCUUGGACGAAUCUUUGAAUUCCUUCAUGGCUCAGCUGUUGAUUCACCCAUCAUCACUCAGGCAAAUUGCCAACAGAUAGUCGCAGUUCUGCUACAGAGUAUGAAGGACACUCCUAAUGUUGCUGAGAAGGCCUGUGGUGCUCUCUAUUUUCUGGCUCAAGGUUAUGAGGAGGUGGGUCCAUCAUCUCCUUUAACUCCUUUUUUCCAGGAAAUUGUGCAGUCUCUUCUCACUGUCACUCACCGAGAAGAUGCUAGGGAAUCUCGGUUGAGGACAGCUGCGUAUGAGACGUUGAAUGAAGUGGUGAGAUGUUCUACAGAUGAAACAGCUCCAUUGGUGUUGCAAUUGGUGCCUGUCAUUAUAAUGGAGCUUCAUAACACUGUUGAGGGGCAGAAGCUGUCAUCUGAUGAGAGGGAGAAGCAGAGUGAAUUGCAAGGCCUUCUUUGUGGGUGCUUACAGGUGAUUAUUCAGAAGCUUGGUUCAUCAGAGUCAACCAAGUAUCUGUUCUUGCAGUAUGCAGAUCAGAUAAUGGGGCUUUUCCUAAGUGUUUUUGCUUGUAGGAGUGCGACUGUGCACGAGGAGGCCAUGCUUGCAAUCGGAGCCCUUGCUUAUGCUACUGGGCCAGAUUUUGCAAAGUACAUGCCUGAGUUCUAUAGGUACUUGGAAAUGGGUCUUCAGAAUUUCGAAGAAUACCAAGUCUGUGCUGUCACAGUUGGUGUCGUGGGUGAUAUUUGUAGGGCAUUAGAGGAAAAAGUUGUUCCUUACUGUGAUGGGAUCAUGACACAACUUCUCAAGAAUUUAUCAAGCAAUCAGUUGCAUCGUUCUGUGAAGCCUCCCAUAUUUUCAUGCUUUGGUGACAUUGCAUUGGCCGUAGGAGAGUAUUUCGAAAAGUACUUAAUGUGGGCUAUGUCUGCCCUUCAGAGUGCUGCAGAGUUGUCUACCCAUACAACAGGUGAUGAUGAAUUGAUUGAGUACAUAAAUACCCUAAGAAACGGAAUUCUGGAGGCAUAUUCUGGGAUAUUCCAAGGGUUUAAGAACUCUCCUAAGACCCAGCUUUUGAUUCCAUAUGCACCUCAUAUCCUCCAGUUCUUGGAUGGCAUAUACAUGGAGAAAGACAUGGAUGAUGUGGUCAUGAAGACUGCCAUCGGUGUCCUUGGAGAUCUCGCUGAUACAUUAGGCAGUCAUGCUGCAUCUCUGAUACAGCAAUCUGUCUCAAGCAAAGACUUUUUAAAUGAAUGUUUGUCUUCAGAAGAUGUUAUGAUUAAAGAAUCAGCUGAAUGGGCUAAGUUGGCCAUUAGCCGUGCCAUUUCUGUUUGAUGAGGUUGCCAUUCAGCUUCAGCAUGUUUAUUUUCUUACGGAAGUCCAUGCAUCUAGGUGUGUUGAGUUGAGGGUCUGGGAUUGCAUGUGUCAAGUCAUUGCCGUUGUCCAACAACAGAAUUUGUCCGUCUUCAAGUUGUCACUAACUCUUGCAUCAUCAUCAUCAUCAUCAUCAUCAUCAUGGGGUCAGAUUCCAUCACUGAUCAUGGAGGAAGUCGAUAGAGAUGGAGAAGUUCAUAAACCUUUGCUUGUCAUUGGGAGAGACUGACUAGUCAGGUAACCCGGUGACUUGCAGUUUGUACAUGGGCUAUGUUUGAAUAGAAGCAUCAUUUCUGCCUUGGGAGUGGUUUUCUGCGGUGAAAUUGUAGGUUACUUGAAAAAGAUGACUAAUGAUGAGAAUGAAAGUGCUGCAGCAGAUGAUCACAUCUCAUAUGCUUCGCAUCUCCGUUGCUUCUCCAUCUCUGAGUUCUGGUUCUGAGUUUUCCUCACUCCUUUAUUUAAAUAGCUAAAGUCUGCAGCUUUUGUAUAAUUUGGCUUUGGUGGGGUCUAGGAUUAACCAUAUAUACUGCAUGCUAUUGGGAGCAUUGCAUUCAGCAUUGAAUUGUUGGUUUUUUUUUUCUUUUUUGAAAGAUUCAAUUGUUCAAAUAUCAUGCAUUCAUAAAAAUUCUGUUUGGAAA